UGAGACGUAGUUUGCGGAAGUAGUGUGUUCAAUUGGAUUUGAGAUUUGAGCAUUUGCCGACUGAACAUCCUCAAAAACUAUAUGCUGUUGAGGUUUCCACAACACAUUGUUUUCAAACAGUGCUCCUAUGGCUGGAAGAAGAGUGGUGGUGUUUCCCUCCUCAGCAGAGCUGGGUCCAGUGCUGGCCCAGCUGGUCACAUCCCGGGCUGGGAAAGCCAUCAGCUCCCAUGGCCGGUUCAGCCUGGGUCUCUCCGGAGGAAGCUUGGUGUCCAUGCUCAGUAAAGAGCUGCUCUCCCUGCCCGGGCUGGACUGCAGCAAAUGGGUGGUUGGCUUCUGUGAUGAGCGACUGGUCUCCUUUGAUGAUCCAGAGAGCACCUAUGGGCUCUACAAGAAUCAGUUGUUUUCCAAGAUAAACAUCCCUGAAAGUGGGAUUUUAACCAUAGACUCAUCUCUUCCUGUGAACGAGUGUGCUGAGGAUUAUACUCGCAAGCUGAAGGAGGCCUUCCCAGGUGAUGACUUCCCCAUUUUUGAUCUGUUACUGUUGGGUAUGGGACCUGAUGGACACACCUGCUCCCUUUUCCCAGACCACCCUCUUCUGGAGGAAACAGAGAAGAUUGUAGCCCCCAUCAGUGAUUCUCCCAAACCACCUCCACAGCGUGUAACUAUGACUUUUCCUGUGGUGAAUUCUGCACGCUGUGUUGCUUUUGUGUCAACAGGAGGAAGCAAAGCAACUGUUUUGAAGGAGGUGCUAGAAGCUACAGAAGGCUCACUGUUUCCAGCGGCUCGUGUGGUCCCGACUAAUGGGGAACUGUUCUGGCUUGUUGAUGACCCUGCAGCUGCAUCGUUGUCUAUCCAGGUUGAGAGGUUAAGCUCAGGGGCCAAACUGUAGUGCCCUCAGCAUAAUUAAAGCAGGGAGUCGACUUACUGAUACUAAAGGACAUACUGCACUACAUUCCUAUAGUGGUAAUAUUGUGAAGUGAAAUACACAAAUAAAGAAAAAUGUGUGCAGGUCUGGUAUAAAAUGUCAAAAGUAACAUUCAAGUACAUAUUUUGAUUAUUCUCUACAGAACUGGGCUUGUGCAGAUUGUGAGUCUUAAAGGUGAUAAUCGUUUUACGGUGGAAGAUUCACAUGCUUGAACAAGUUUGAAAAGAAAAUUGGGAAACCUGAACAAAUACAUGUCCGGCAGACAUAUUUUUAAGAAUGCAUUUUUUUCUUUUCCAAUAGUGGCAACAUAAUAAUUGUUUUAGUUGGGCUUUUCUUGCUUGACUUUGCAAAACGGUGAUGUAACUAGACUAAGUUGCAGUGUCAUAUUCUAGCCUAAAUGUAUAAUGAAAAAAAAGUAUAUGUUCGAGUCCUCAUUUUUGAUGCUCUGUGAAAUAUUA